GCAUGUCGUUACCGUGUCUUCGUCUCUUCCCUGAUUCAGUGCGACGUUUUUAGUAAAGGUGCAAGAUGGCUACCGUGCAUCUGAGAAUCGGUGAUCUAGUUUGGGGAAAACUUGGACGCUACCCACCAUGGCCGGGGAAGGUAGUGAGCCCUCCCAAGGAUCUGAAGAAGCCCCGAGGAAAGAAGUGCCACUUUGUGAAAUUCUUCGGAACAGAAGACCAUGCAUGGAUCAAAAUUGAACAGCUGAAGCCCUACCACCCCCACAAAGAAGAGAUGAUCAAGAUCAACAAAGGCAAACGUUUCCAGCAGGCAGUGGAUGCAGUGGAAGACUUCCUGAAGAAAGCCAAAGGAAAGGAACAGGGCUCUGAUGGGAAAGGGGAAACAAAGGGAAAGAAGACUUCUAACAAACCACUUAAAAUAUUGGAGGAGGACGAUGAAGAUCUGAGUGCCCUGAGGGACCCGUCUGAGAAGGACUUGACUGACUCUGACCCAGAGUCCUCCACAGCUGAGAGGCUGGGCGCGGGAGCCUCCUCGGGAUUCAAAUGGAAGAGCAGUCCUGUGAAGAAUGACCCACAUUUCCACCACUUCCUCCUGAGCCAGUCUGAGAAGCCGGCCUCUUCCAUGGAAGUCAUCAGCAAGCGUCUGAAGAUUAUCGAAGAGGACACCAGCUCCACGUCCAUCCAAGCAGCCGACAGCACCGCCAUCAACGGAAGCAUCACACCCACAGAUAAACGGAUAGGUUUCCUCGGGCUGGGGCUGAUGGGAAGCGGCAUCGUCUCCAACCUGUUGAAGAUGGGCCACGUGGUCACCGUCUGGAACCGCACCGCGGAAAAGUGCGACCUGUUCAUCCAGGAGGGGGCGAGGCUGGGCCGCACCCCCGCCGAGGUGGUCUCCAUGUGCGACAUCACCUUCUCCUGUGUGUCGGACCCGAAGGCGGCCAAGGACCUGGUCCUGGGCCCGAGCGGAGUGCUGCAGGGCAUACGGCCGGGGAAGUGCUACGUGGAGAUGUCCACGGUGGACCCCGAGACCAUCGCAGAGCUCUCCCAGUCGAUCACCACCCGGGGCGGGCGCUUCCUGGAGGCCCCCGUGGCGGGCAGCCAGCAGCUGUCCAACGACGGCAUGCUGGUCAUCCUGGCGGCGGGCGACCGCAGCGUGUACGAGGACUGCAGCAGCUGCUUCCAGGCCAUGGGCAAGAGCUCCUUCUUCCUGGGUGAGGCGGGCAACGCGGCCAAGAUGAUGCUGAUCCUGAACAUGGUGCAGGGCAGCUUCAUGGCCACCAUCGCCGAGGGCCUGACCCUGGCCCAGGCCACCGGCCAAUCGCAGCAGACCCUCCUGGACAUCCUCUGCCAGGGCCAGAUGGCCAGCACCUUCGUGGAUCAGAAGUGCCAAAACAUCCUGCAGGGCAACUUCAAGCCAGACUACUAUCUGAAACACAUCCAGAAGGACCUGCGGUUGGCCAUCUCCAUGGGCGACACGGCCAACCACCCCACCCCCAUGGCCGCCGCCGCCAACGAGGUGUACAAAAGGGCCAAGGCCCUGGACCAAUCAGACAACGACAUGUCCGCAGUCUACAGGGCCUACAUCCACUAGGCUGACGUGGGACCCGUGGGGACCCCCACACAUUCGUAUGUCCUGGAUCUCCAGAGUUUUUGUAGCUGUUUUUUUGUUUUCCUUUUAAAAUAUCCUGGCACCUGUUUUUUUUUGCCCACCAGCUGGAGGGCGAGAGAGAGAAACAGAGAGGGCGAGAGAGAGGGGGGGAGGGAUCUCUCAUGCCACAGGCUGUAUUUGUUUUUGUGUAUUGCACUGAUGAAAUUGUCCCACACAAAUGUUUGGUCAUUUCCCCCCCACUUCUAGGGCAGCUGUCUGGUCCUGAUUCUGAUUCUAGCUCGCAAAUGUAAUCCUGUUUCUGUUCAACCAGAAAAGCUAUAACCUCUUGUUGUGAUCAGCAGGGUGUUAAAGAAAGACAGAAUAAACAGCUCUCUUAGGUGGUGUGGGUGCACAAAGGAUAACCAUGAAACCAUCUCUAAUUUAAACAUGCAUAUUGGCUAGGCUAACUCUGAACGUUAGUUGUUUUUUUUACGCCUAGCAUAAUGUGAGAAGUUGACGAGAACACGCCCAGAGCAUUGCCUUAAUAUUGUAACCCUGAAGUCGUUCGAUAUGUCUUUUAUUUAUUUAUUUCUAACAAGGUUGUUCUGCAUCUCUUCUACAUAUUUGAUAAAAACCUGUGCUUUAAAGUUGUACAAUUUCCCUGACCAGUUCAAUGACGGUGGCAGAUUUGUUUAAACGCCUUAAAAUGCAGUAAUACUUUAUUUUGUGAAGCUGAUUAUUUUUCCUGAAUAUGAAAUCUUUUAGCAGUUGGAGUGUUUGUAUUCUGUUACUUUUAAACUUUUUUGAAUAUAAUUUGAUGUUUUCUUUAGUGAGUGAAUUUAAGAUAGGUUUGCAUAAGUUGUCUCUUGAUCAGUCAGUUUAUUAUUCCUCAACACAUAGAAACAAUGAAACAGAGUGUGUGUUUGUCAGGUUAAUGUUUGGAUGCAUCGGCUGUUACACUAACCUGACCAAGGAUAGCACUCAGAAAUCAGAGAGCUGGCAAGUUACUGUGCAUCGGUAUAACGACCAUAGACGCACGUUUAUUUCAUUCCCCUUAUCUCCAAUUUGAAAAAAAGAUGUUUGCCCAAAUAAUUGUUUGGUUCCUUAUUACCACACUUUUCUGAUGUAACUUGAGUUUCUGAAAAGUGUCAUGUAAAUAUCACUUCAUGAAUGGAAGGGGGGGGGGGGGGGGGGAUAAUAUGGACACACUCAAGUCUGUAGAUUUAUCAGUUUACUGAAAAUUGGUUUAUCAAUGUCUGGCUUACAUUUCGUGGUUUAUUAUAUUGAAGUUAAGAUUAAAUUAAUUGUUCCCAUGAGAGGCUGGAGCGGGUGAAACUAUAGCUUUAGUAAUAUUUAUAAUUUCUGUACAUGAAAAUCAGUUUGUCUUCAUUAAAUCCUCUCCUAAUUGAU